GGAUUAUUUGACAUCUAUAGUACCAAAGAGGACCCCCCACCUCUCUUAAUUGUCUUUGAGACAAAGGUGAGUGCCCUCUCUCUCACCCCUAUCUUUCAGCUCGUCCAACCCCAUCAAGAAAGGAGAAGGAAGCUCUCAAACCAUCCUCCAUAGCCACCAAAUUCGAGCUCAAGCAUAAGUGCUCAAAGAAGAAAGAUUAAAGAAGGAAAAAGGCUAGGAAAAGUGUGUAAAUUAAGGAACUUGUGAAAGGUAUUUCAAGUGAUUUCACAAGGUUGGGAAAGUCGCCGGAAUUGUCGCCGGAGUUGACCAAAAGUCGCUGGAGUUUCACCGGAGUUCAACCAAGAAGGGUAGAACUUCAUAACGCUAAUUCAAGGUUGAAGCUCAAGUUGCUAUUCUCACCUUGCUCGGUGAAGUGAUCCAAAGGGAGACGUGAAAUGGAGGGUAAGCGAAUGGCAACAAGGAAUGACCCUAAGGGAGAAGCGUCGGUAGCUUACCUUGAGGCUAGCCGGGCUGUGUCACGAGCCUUUACGGGGAGAGGAAUAGGCCAUGGGGGCCGUGAGGGCCGCCAAGCGGCAAGCGCUAAUCAAGUGGGCUCGAUGUGUAACAUGAACACCAGGAGGAAAGAACGUAGGCGUCAGGCGAGGCGAGAUCGGGCCACCUCCCAACGUGAUAUGACUGUCAGCCAAACCCAUCCUUGGGCAAACGACCAAGGAGGAGAAAGCACUCUUACGGCACCGGCAUCACCGGUGAAAAAGAAAAGGACCUCAAGGUGGCAUACGUCCUUUCCUUACUCUUUCAGACCAUCCAAAUGUUCGAAUUGCUUUAAGAAACAUUUCGAAAAGUGCAACGAGCCCCCGAUGUGCUACGAAUGUGGGAGCACAACCCACAUGAAAUUAAGUUGCCCAUGGAGGAGGCAACGAGAGACAUCACAAGCCAAGGAAGGGCUCACCGUGGAAGGAAACCAUACGGAACCAACGGCGAGCAACGCUACGUCCGUCAAUCAAGGCAGGGCCCAAGCACGAGACUACGCGAUGACCGAGGCGGAUGCGCGGGCAAACCCGGACUCCGUCGCAGGUUGAAGCUCAAGUUGCUAUUCUCACCUUGCUCGGUGAAGUGAUCCAAAGGGAGACGUGGUUCGUGCUUCCUUUAAUGUUUUAAACUACAAACUUGCUCAUGGAUAUUUUUGUAAUAAAUACAUUUGUUUUGGGCCUGCGUGCCUACGUUUUGGCCAUGUGUGGCCCACGAUUGAAUAUUGAAUAUUUCCGCUAUUCGUUCAAUCCUAUUGCGUGAUGUUGUUAUGUAUGUUUACUUACUGAGUAUGGUAUGGACUAUGUUCAUG